AGCCGUGUUAAUGUUUGAUUAGGACAGUAUGGGCCAUGUGAACAACGUGAUGUAUACCAGGUAUGCCGAAUCCGCCCGAAUAGAAUGGGCGCAGAAGAUCGCAACUUUUGUCGACCCUGCCCAUGGCGAUGAAUGGAGAGAGCUGUGGACGCCGCGAAGUGUAGGCUUGAUAUUACGGAGUAUCAAGACAGACUACAAAUUUCCUAUGACAUAUCCCGACCAUGUUACUGUCCUUCACAAGCUCCGCAACGCACCGGAUGGGCGAAUGGACCAUUUCAUCCUCGACGUGAUCAUCCUCUCCGAGCUGCAUCAACGGCCCGCGGCACGCUGCGUGGAGGACAUCGUGGUAUAUGACUACCAGCAGGGGAAGAAGGUGCCGCUGAAGCCGUUCAUGGUUGAUAUGUUCCACGAGACGUUCCGACUGCAGGAAGCAGCUAAGAAGUCGAACGGCGAAAAUAUCAGGAGACUUCAUGAGCGGGUGGAGGUGCUGGAGAAGGAAACGUGGGAUAGACCGGAUGCGAAAGAAGAUCUCGGGUCUGCUGCUCCAUGAUCCGGAAAUGCUUGAGGAUAGAUGGAUCGGCAAAGUGUGAUUCAUGUGGAUGUCAAAGGUUAUUGGUCGACUGACACUAUGUUGAUACUUUGAUGACGAUACAUGCAUGAAACGGGUAGGGACCACGAAACCAAGUUCUCCAAUGCGGAGUUUCGAGCAUGUCAAUAGUACUUAAGAAACCAAUGCUUGACUUGC